CGGCAGCAGUGUGACUGCUGUCGAUGCUUUAUUAGCUUAGGAAGUGGCCAUAAGUAUACCUACGUAAAGCUGAAUUUAACCUACGGACAGCCAUGUUUCUGACCAAGGCGGUUUAGGGGAAAGGUGCGUGGGUCAGCUGACUGCGAUGUGAUGCUAGCAGGUUAGCCAUUGAACACGAAGCGGCUACGGACAUUAUAGUCUUUCACCUCCAACACCGCCGACUGUAUGUUACUAUUAAGGUAGCUUAUGCGCUAGCUAUAGUGUUGUUAGGACGUCAAGACAGCUGUGGCAAUGCUAGUUAGCCGGAGGAGUUGGGACUACUUAACUAACCAUAGGUAGUAAUUCUAAUGAGCAGGGAAACGGCAUUCCAAUCAUACUAAACGUCAAUACACGUCACUUCUAGCCCAUGUUCAUCUUAAUGAUUGUUAAUGGCGAGGAUCGAGCAAAGCAAUGGACUGGCCGGCAGAAGUUUCCCACCGGGCAGCGAGAAGGACCGGACAGCAGAGUCUGGACCAGCAGAGUCUGGACCUGACUCUGCUGACCCCCAGGAGCUACAGACCGACAAGUAUGGCUUCAUGGGGGGUGCACAGCAAUAUUCUGGACAAUCGACGGAGGACGUUCCUGCCGAGGUUCUGAGGCAGCGAGAAGCCAAGUGGCUGGACAUGCUCAACCACUGGGACAAAUGGAUGGCCAAGAAACACAAGAAGGUGAAGUUGCGGUGCCAGAAGGGAGUCCCGCCCUCCCUGAGAGGCCGGGCGUGGCUCUACCUGUGUGGAGGGAAGGUGAAGAGAGAGCAGAACAGGGGAAAGUUCCAGGACCUGGACAGCCAACCGGGCGACCCCAAAUGGGUGGAUGUGAUCGAGAGGGACCUGCAUCGACAGUUCCCCUUCCAUGAGAUGUUUGUGGCCAGAGGAGGUCACGGGCAGCAGGACCUGUUCCGGGUACUGAAGGCCUACACCCUGCACCGGCCGGAGGAGGGGUACUGCCAGGCGCAGGCCCCGAUCGCCGCCGUCCUCCUCAUGCACAUGCCCGCUGAGGAUGCCUUCUGGGGCCUGGUGCAGAUCUGUGAAAAGUACCUGCCAGGGUACUACAGCAAAGGACUGGAGGCCAUCCAGCUGGACGGGGAGAUCCUGUUCUCCCUGCUGAAGAAGGUGUCCCCCGUGGCGCACCGCCACCUGAAGAAGCACAAGAUGGAGCCCAUCCUCUACAUGACGGAGUGGUUCAUGUGCGCCUUCUCCCGGACGCUGCCCUGGGCCUCGGUGCUGCGCGUCUGGGACAUGUUCCUGUGUGAGGGGGUGAAGAUCAUCUUCCGCGUGGGCCUGGUCCUGCUCAAGUGCAUGCUGGGGUCCCCGGAGAAGCUGAAGAAGAGCCAGGGUCUGUACGAGACCAUGGAGCUGCUGAAGGCCCUGCCGCCGGCCUACAUGGAGGAGGGCUUCCUGGUCCGGGAGGUGGUGGAGUCCCCCGUGUCGGAGCGGGACAUCGAGCGGGAGCACGUGGCCCAGCGGCGCCGCUGGGAGGAGAGCCGGGGGGAGCUGCGCUGCCGCUCCCCCGGCAGGAUGCACGGCGCCCGGGCCAUCAUCACCGCCGAGCCCCCCCGGCGCCAGGACCUCCAGCAGAACCCCACCAUCCUGGUGGAGACCCCCCCGGCCGCCGCCGCCCCGUCCAACGGGGGCCCGGGGGAGGAGCCGGCCGGAGGGAAGGGGAAGAAGAAGAAGAAGAAGAGGAAGAACAAGGAGGAGGAGAAGGCAGCGCCGUCCGUCCCUCCGUCCGCCCCCAGCGACCCCCCUCGCUCCCUGAAGGACGGCUCCCGGCAGGCCUCCGAGGAGAGCCUGAGCAGCCAAGAGCACGACUCCUACCUGUAGGCUCCACCGACGGGAAGGAUGCGAACUGAGGCUUCCACCAAUGGGAGCGAUGCUACCUCGUAGCGUCUUGCUGUCUGAUGGGGCUUCCACCAAUGAGAGGGAUGAUUGCUCAUUGCCUCUUGCUCUCCGAUGAGGCUUCCGCCAAUGGGAGCGACGCUAUCAUGUAGUGUCUUGCUGUAUGCGGAGGCUUCCGCCAAUGGGAGCGAUGCUAUCAUGUAGUGUCUUGCUGUAUGAUGGGGCUUCCACCAAUGGGAGCGAUGCUAUCAUGUAGUGUCUUGCUAUAUGAUGGGGCUUCCACCAAUGGGAGCGAUGCUAUCAUGUAGUGUCUUGCUAUAUGAUGGGGCUUCCACCAAUGGGAGCGAUGCUAUCCUGUAGUGUCUUGCUAUAUGAUGGGGCUUCCACCAAUGGGAGCGAUGCUAUCCUGUAGUGUCUUGCUGUAUGAUGGGGCUUCCACCAAUGGGAGCGAUGCUAUCAUGUAGUGUCUUGCUAUAUGAUGGGGCUUCCACCAAUGGGAGCAACGCUAACAUGUAGCAUCUUGUUUUUAGAUGCUCAAUUUUACCACCAAAGCUUUGGCUGCUUCAUUUUUGUUCUGUUAUUCAUAUAGAUUUAGAUUUUGGGUUAAAAGUGUACAUGAUGGUUAUUUUGUUGAUGAAAUCUUAGAUACACACUAUUGAAGAACGCUAACUAAAUAAAAUAGCUGUGGGAGGAAGGAAAUACUUGAUCAAACUUUGAAGGAAAGUCAAAAUUAUUCAGACAAAAUGAGAAUAUUAUUGUUUUAAACUGCUGUACAACCAUGUCAAGUGCCAUCCACAGAAUAUUGCCACAUUCUUCCAAAUAUUUGGAGAUAUCUUGAAUUGUAAUAAGACUGAAAGGCACAUGAAGGAUGUAAACCUGACUAACAUUUAGUGUCAUUUUAGUAAAGUCUUCAAAUAAUCACUUUAUACGAUCAUGUUUAUAUUAUAGUAAUACAAAAUGAUUUAUCAUUGUGUUUAUAAUAAUAAUAAUGAUGUAUUUGUUUGAAUCAUCACUUUAUAAUGAUUAGAUUAUAAUAUAGUAAUAAAUAAUGUUUUUAUUAUGUAUUAUAAUUAUAAUGUAUAUUUGCACUAAAUAAUGUUGCUGUGCAACAAAUUGUCCUGAAAUUGGCUUUAAACAAUAUAUACGUGCGUAGAUUUCAAAAAUGUUGGGAGCACAAUUAUUCAAACUUUUAAUGUGAUGGAUCAUUUUUAAUGUUUUAUUAUUUAAACACACUGUGAAGAUCACAGACCACCUGUACACAUUUGUUAUCCAUUGAGAAGGAUUUAGUUAUUAUUUCUCUGCCAAUCAUUUAUAUGGAUGGAAAGAGGUUGAUUUUUUGACAUGUAUUAUGCCAUAAUGGAUUGUGCAUCUUAUAGAAUUUGCUGAAUUCAGGGAAACUUUUGUUGGAUAAAAUGGCUAAUGGGAAUUACCGAUCAUGAGCGCCAGUUCUUUAGGUUUGUUGCGUUACACUGUUUAUUAUUUCCUCAUAGAAGUAGCAGAAGCAGCCCACCAGGUCGACCCAUAGAGGGCUCCCUUGUGCUUCUUAAGAUAUUUAAAAACGUAAACCGCUUGUUCUAUUUGAUUCGAAACCAAUGACUCUUUAUACGCAACACAGCUCCGCAGCUGUUCUGAUGGAGGACUAUAACUGAAAACCUUUUGGUCAUUUAGAAAGAAAAACUGAGCCAUCACUUUGAGAUUAUUUAUAUCUGCACAUUUUUUGUAUGUGUAAUUAUCUCCUACAUUGAACAUCCAAAUAGCCAAUGCCUAUAUGCUAUUGAAACUACAGACUUUCUUUUGUACCAAAAUCUCCAAUUUUUCAAGAAAUAAAUUAGUCCAAAUCCAGAAAAAGCAAUCCAGGAUGUCGACUCACCUUGUGUUUGAUAC